AUGGAGCACUGGGAGAACCUCUCCUUGUCCCAGCUGUACCAGGACUACACGCAGAACCUGGUCUGGAGUCUGUUCUUGACGUCUACUGCCAUACACGCCAUCGUGCUGAUCGCUAGUCCAGUGUGAGUGGUUUGGGGUUGAAAGUGCAGGUAUUUAGCUAUAAGUAACGUUUGUUCUACUUUUUUAAAGAGUGUUUCAACAAGUAACCGUAGUUUUACAAGUUUUUUAGAUUUAAAAAUAGGCAAUAUCUGAAAAUGGAGUACUGUAAAACCUUCAAAAACUAAAAUACUGUAAAAUUUCACAAGUUUAAUGUUUCUAAUCAUACAAACUUUAGCCAAGCUGUUUACAAAUGGAACAGGCGUAACAGUAGUGAUGGUGACACAGCAUUACCGUAUAUUUGCGGAGUAGUUGGGUAUGUUAAGUUAACUACUGUAACUUUAUACCCAAAAUCACAUUCUUAUACUUUUAUGUCACUUUGAAGUAAAUUAGUUUACAGAAUCAAACUGUUUGUAUCAUAACAAUAUUUCAGCUCAGCGUUAUGGUUACGGUACUCGAUGUACAUUGGAGAAGUCAAACUGAUAUUACUACAAACAUACGCAGUAGCCAUGCAACUCGGCUUUGUUGGUCUUCUGAUCUACUACAGGACAAAGAAGGUAACAUACCACGUAGUCGGUGAUUUUUGAGUUUAGACGAGGCUAAUGAGGUCAGUGAUGGUGAUAAGCUCAGUCAUGUUACUUCUGUUUAUGUAUGCUUCUUCGAUGGCACACGAAGAUGGCAAGCAGAUGAUCGGAAUCUGUGCUUCUGGAGCUCAAAUCGCUGGAUCUCUGGUUUGUCCGUAUCUUGUAGUAGGUAUCUUGCAGUAAUUUUGGUUUAUAUUACGGUCGAUAAUUAAAUAGAAAGGUAAUAAAUUGACAAAGUAUGUCAUUUCUACAGACUUUUUGACCAAGAAUUGGUAAAAUUACAUAAACGUUUGGAUUGAAAAUUAGUUUCUUUAAACUACGGUAUCUUUCAGUACCGUGCCGUAAAGACCAAAGUGAUUGACUUUGUACCAUUUGCACCAGUCGCUUUCACGUGGGUGAUGGAGCUCCACGCCAUUGUUUACAGUAUCGGCAUUAACGACUUUUAUUUACUGGUAAGUCAAAGUAUUUACUGUCUGUUUAACUCUGGUCGUUAGCAUGUUGUUGUUUAUGACACGUACUUGCAUCUGUUAUUACAUUACAGUACAUUAACAUAAGAUACAAUUGAGCUGUGAGUAACUAGGGGUGGUAUGUUACUGUAUGCAAGAAGUACUGUCAAUAAAUGUCAUUUGGGGCAUUUGGGAGGGGUAAGGGGACAAAAAUAUAAUAAUAAGUGUACUUUACCCAUUAAAAUGGUAUUCAAGUAGAGUUUGUUCAUUCAGUACUGAUCGCUGACUAGUUUAUAAUAGGUAGGUAACAUUUCUUUAAAAGAUGACUAACUGCAUGUUAUCUAGAUUUCACAUGUUUAUACACCAUGACUAAAGCCUCAUGUUAUUAACAGCAUGAUGUAUAUGAGAAUGCUAUUCUUAAGUGAUUUCAGCUAGCGAACGGAGUGUUCUGCUGCAUGGAUGGCUCCCUUCUGGCAAUGUUCUUCAUUUAUCCGACCGAACGAAAGAAAUCUCACAAAACCUCGAAAUUAAUGGAUUUAUAA